CAGAAAUUAUGUUCUUUCUUGAAUCAUAUAAAUAAGUAUAGAUUCUGGAGAAGCAAGUUUCCGAAUCCUGUUAUUGGCGUCAUCAUCUUCAUCAACAUAUCAAAUUCCGAAACAGCCACAGACUUGAGCAGCACAAGAAGAUCCAUCAUGGGCAUGGAGGACGAAGCCCAAAUUAUGGUCAUCUCUCCGGCGGAGCCCAAAGGCAGUCCGGUUAAGGAUCAACAAGCUGCCGGAGUUGGCAUCCUCCUUCAGAUCAUGAUGCUUGUUCUCUCUUUCGUUCUCGGCCAUGUCCUUCGCCGCCAUAGACUCUAUUUUCUUCCCGAAGCCAGUGCUUCUCUUCUCAUCGGUUUAAUCGUCGGCGGCCUUGCCAACAUUUCGAAUACUCAAACUAACAUCAGGGCGUGGUUCAACUUUCACGAGGAAUUUUUCUUCCUUUUCCUUUUGCCUCCGAUCAUAUUUCAAUCAGGAUUUAGUCUCUCACCUAAACCUUUCUUCUCAAACUUUGGGGCAAUUGUGACGUUUGCAAUCCUGGGAACCUUUAUAGCCUCCGUUGUUACGGGUGGUCUUGUUUAUCUCGGUGGAUUAAUGUUUCUCAUGUAUCGGCUUCCAUUUGUCGAAUGUCUUAUGUUCGGUGCUCUUAUUUCGGCAACAGAUCCUGUCACUGUCCUGUCCAUUUUUCAGGAACUUGGCACAGACGUGAACCUUUACGCUUUGGUGUUUGGAGAAUCUGUAUUGAAUGAUGCUAUGGCAAUUUCCUUGUACAGAACAAUGUCCUUGGUUAGGAGCCAUGCUUAUCAUGGAAAAAACUUCUUCUUUGUGAUUGUUAGAUUUCUCGAGACUUUUGUUGGCUCAAUGUCUGCAGGUGUUGGAGUUGGAUUUACCUCAGCGUUGCUUUUCAAGUAUGCAGGCUUGGACAUUGACAAUCUUCAAAAUUUGGAGUGCUGUAUUUUUGUUCUUUUUCCAUAUUUCUCGUACAUGCUUGCAGAAGGUUUUGGGUUGUCUGGUAUUGUGUCGAUAUUGUUCACAGGAAUGGUGAUGAAGCAUUAUACAUAUUCGAACUUAUCAGAGUCUUCACAACAGUUUGUUGCGGAAUUUUUUCACUUAUUUUCAUCUCUGGCAGAGACAUUUAUCUUUAUAUAUAUGGGCUUGGAUAUUGCAAUGGAGCAACAUAGCUGGUCACAUAUUGGAUUCAUUUUUUUCUCGAUCUUAUUUAUUGGUGUUGCAAGGGCUGCAAAUGUCUUUUCUUGUGCAUAUUUAGUCAACUUAGUUCGGCCUGCACAUCGGCAAGUACCUCCAAAACAUCAGAAGGCACUUUGGUACUGUGGACUUCGUGGGGCUAUGGCUUUUGCUCUGGCUCUACAGUCAAUCCAUGAUCUUCCAGACGGACAUGGGCAGACAAUUUUCACUGCUACUACUGCAAUCGUUAUUUUGACGGUGUUACUUAUUGGAGGGUCAACUGGUACAAUGCUAGAAGUUUUACAAGUUGUAGGUGGCAAUGAUAACCAUGAAUACGCUUUGACUGAAAGUACUGAUGUAAGCCAUGGCUACAUUACUCAUAAUGAGGAAGGAUCAUCAAGGAAUAAGACCAAAAGGAAACUUAAAGAGUUUCAUGAGAGCUCUACGAUAUUUACUUCAUUGAAUAGGAACUACCUGACGCCAUUCUUUAAGAGUCGCAGUGGUGAUGAUGAAGAAAACGGCAACAGCAGGCCAAUCCGUGGUUCUUGAAAGCUUGUUCUGGCAUGACUAACACUCGGUUGUAGUAUUGCGAUAUAUCAUACAAGCUGGAGAACUCUGUGUAUAAUGUAUUCAUCCGAUCCGCUCUGUAUUAGGUGGAGACGAACCAGUCGAGCACGCAGUUUGGAAGUUUCGACUUCGACUUCGACUGAAUGAUUACGAUAGAAAUUAAUUCUUUACAUGGUGUCUGUUUUGGACUGAAUAAAUGAAGUGAAAAAGUUGAGUUUGAUGUUCCGUUAUAGACUGUCAAUGAAGUGGAAACUAUAGUUUAAUA